AGCUGGCUCGCGCUCCCCACGCGGGACCGCCGGACCCGCAGGAUGCCUUCCGAAGGUUGCUGGGCCCUCCCAGUUUCCGCAGGUUUCCCUGGUGGUCACGUGCUGCCUGUUUAAAAGCAGGCCCAGGGGCUGCCUGAACCCUGCACAUUUGAGGCGCAUGCCCUCCGGCUCGGUGGCCCCUCGGGACCCUGCAGGGUUGCCGCCUGCGUGCGCGCCCUGGGGCUCGGCUGGGGAUGCCCCGGUUUGAAGGAGGUGCCAUCCUUACUGGGUCGUGCCUCACGCUGGGUGCCCAGAGCGUAAAUAAGGUUCUUUCUCUGUUGUACGUUUGGUGUUAAUCAUCCUGGUGAAUCAUUAAAGAAAACAUUUUUAUGUAGUUAGCGUAGGGCAGCGCUGCCAGGGGAGGUGUGCUGCGAGCCAUAAGUGCAGUCUUAGAUUUUUCUAGUCACUCCAUGGGAAGUGGUGUAAAGGUGUUAAUUUUAAUGUUUUUAAUUAACUCAGGGUAUCCGGAAUAUUAUUUUAACGUGUAGUCAGUGGAAAAAGCCACCAACAUGGUGUAUCACUUUCCUAACACGUCUUGCGGAUACUGUGUGCCGCGUUCAGACCGGCGUGUGUCCAGGGCCGGCAGCUGUGUGGUUGGUGACUGCCACCGUGGGCAGCGCUGGUGUAGGGUGUGUGUGUUUGAAGUCUUCAGUCAGUGUGUGGUGUGUGCGGCACCUUACUUGAUCAGAGCUCAGGUCUUGGGAGGAGCUGGGAGUAAGGCCGCCUUCUCAGCUGACACAAUGGCUUCUUUGUGGGAGUCUCUGCUUGUUAGACAAAGUUCCUUGACUUUCUGCAUUUAAACAAAGUUAUAUUUUGGAGUUUUCCCUUAUGAAAGCAGUGGGCGUCCUGGGAGGUGUAGUCACUCCGCUUUCUGUUAACGGGUAACUGCUUAAAACAUUUCCCGGGCCGAUGUGGUGCAGUGGUGAGUCUGCGGCGCUGGCACCCGCUUGGACGCCAGCUUGAGUCCUGGCUGCUCCGCUUCUGCUCCCUCUUCCUGCCGAUGUGCCUGAGAAAGCGCCAGGAGGUGGCCCAGGUGCGCGGGCCCGCGCCUCUAUGGGAGAGCUGGGUGAAGCUCCUGGCUUCAAGCCUGGCCCAGCCCCACCUGUUUUGCCCAUUUGGGGGAGGGGUAGACCAGCAGAUGGAAGAUCUGCCUCUUCCUCUCUAACAUUGCAUUUCAAAUAAACAAAUUCUGUAAAAAAAAAGUAUAUAUUUAGCUUUCAUUCUGUAAACAUUCACUCAUUUCAAGUAUUCAUUCCCACAACUAUGUAAAUCUUAAAUAUUUAAUGACAGAGAUCUUCUGUCCACUUGUUCACCUCGCAAAUGCCUUCAGGAGCCAGGAGCUCCACGUGCGUCUCCGUGUGGGGGCAGAGGCCCAAGCACGUUAGCUGGCAUCUGCUGCCUCCCGGGUGCAUCGGCAGGGAAGUGGACCAGAAGCGGAGCGCCAGGAUGCCAGCCGGCACUCCAGUGUGGGAUGUGGCCCUGCCGCCAUGCCUGCCCUGUAGAAACGUUGUAAGGUGCCAGAAUACGGCCAUGUCCUGUAACUGACAGACAAUGAACUGGAACGAGCAGGCUUGUUCUGGACCUCACUCGUCAGCAGCGGUGACCUUUAGCUUUAAGCUCUGUGGGUCUCCGUCUCUCACCUGUGAAGCGAGUCAGACCUGGUGGCUUGCGUGAGUUUAUGACCAGUCCAGCAGUUGACACGUGGCAGGUGCUUUGAUGAGGGUCUGUCGUUGGCUGCCUCAGGUUGAGGCCAGCGAUGCUUGUGCUGGGAGCCCGUCAGUAUUCUCCUUGUGCCCACCUAUCUGUGUGAUAGGGCAGAUAGUGAGAACUCUGCUAUUAUUAUGAAUUAAGUUACUUGAUAAAUUGGAUUAAAAAAUUAGAGUUACAGAGAAAAAGGUCUUCCAUCCACUGGUUCACCCCCCAAAUGGCUGCAAUGGCCAGAGCUGCGCCGAUCUGAAGCCAGGAGCCUCCUCCGGGUUGCCCAUGUGGGUGCAUGGGCCCAAGCACUUGGACCAUCUUCUGCUUUUCCAGGCCGUUAGUGGGGAGCUGGAUCGGAAGAGGAGCAGGAGGGAAGUGACCUGGCACCACAUGGGUGCUGGCGCCACAGGUGGAGGCUUGGCCCACUACACCACAGCACCAGCCCUGAUGGGUUGGAAUUUAUAGCUAACCAGUAAACAAGACACCGAUGAUUGGACAAGAUUUUAUUUUUAAUCUCUGGUUUUGUUUUUAAAGGAGAUAUUUAUUUGUGGGGGAGGGGAGAUAAUGUUGAUCUUCCAUUUCCUGGUUUAUUCUGCAAAUAGCCACAACAUCUGGGUCUAGCCCAAGCCGAAACCAAGAGCCAGGAACUCCAUCCAGGUCUCCCGUAUGGGUGGCAGUACUUGGUCGUCUGCUUUCCCAGGCACAUCAGCAGGGAACUGGAUCAGGAGUGGAGCAGCCAGGACUUGAACCAGUGCUCUGAUAGGGUUACCAGUAUUGCAGGCAUCAGUUUGGCUUGCUGUGCCACAGUGCUGGCCCCUGAACUCUGGUCUCUUUGAAACAAAGUUUUAAGAAGAAUAUAAUCAUUUAAGAUCAUUUGUUUCUUACAUAUGACUAGCCAAAAUUUUCUCAUUUUUUUGUGUUUGGAAGGCAGAGAGAGAAAUACAGAGAGGUCUCCCAUUUGCUGGUCUCUCUCCAAGUGCCUGCAAGAGCUUGAACUGGGAACACAUUCUGGGUCCACCUCCCUCCCUGGCAUGGGUGGCAGGAACUUGGUCACGUGAGCUGUCACCCGUUACCUCCCAGGGUGCACCAGGGCUACCUCCCGGAAGCUGCAAUCGGGCCUGGAGCCAGGUCUGCAGGGAUCCCGGACGCCGUGGGCACUGAUGUGCCCUGCUUGCCCCAGCCCGAAUGUUUCUAAGAGGGUCUGAGGGCUUGGCUCUGCUGAUGGCUGCUGUGCAGCCGGCAAGUUUCGCAGCUGUUUCACUUCCUGCGAUUCAGUUUGGUGACAGUGCGUGCUCAGCAGGCAGUGUUUGUCACCGUGUGUAGCGGAGGCUUUGUGCUGGUGGUCCUGUUUUUAUGGAGAACUGAGGCUUAAGAGGUAGAGAAGCUUGGCCAAGGUUCCCCCCACCCCGCUAUAAACGGUAAAACCAGGCUCUGAACCAGACCGUGAGACCGGAGCUGUUGCUGCCAGCUGCCCGUCCCCGAGGAGCCCGCUGGGACUGAGGGACUUUGCUGGAGGUGCCGAGUUGGACGUGGCUGGACUUCCUCCUGUGUGCUUGUCUCAAAUGGAGCUCAGUGUUUAUAAGCAUCUCGGGGGGAAUCUGGACAGUGACCACUCCCGCCACCCUGGUGCUGGAGACAGCUCUUCAGAUGAUUCUGACCGUCUUCCUGAGCAACAACGAGCAGAUUUUAACAGAAGUUCCCAUAACACCGGAAACAACCUGUCGCGAUGUUGUGGAGUUCUGCAAGGAGCCCGGAGAAGGCGGCUGCCACUUAGCGGAGGUGUGGCGGGGGAGCGAGCGUCCCAUCCCCUUCGAUCACAUGAUGUACGACCACCUGCAGAAGUGGGGGCCGCGGAGGGAAGAAGUGAAGUUUUUCCUGCGCCACGAGGACUCCCCUGCCGAGAGCAGUGAACAAGGUGGCCGUCAGACCCAAGAGCAGAGAACUCAGAGAAACGUAAUGAACGUCCCUGGAGAAAAGCGCACUGAGAAUGGGGUCGGGAACCCCCGUGUCGAGCUCACCCUCUCGGAGCUGCAGGACAUGGCGGCGAGGCAGCAGCAGCAGAUCGAAAGCCAGCAGCAGAUGUUGGUUGCCAAGGAGCAGCGUUUACAUUUUCUAAAGCAGCAGGAGCGUCGGCAGCAGCAGUCCCUUUCUGAAAAUGAGAAACUUCAGAAGUUGAAAGAACGAGUGGAAGCCCAGGAAAACAAGCUGAAGAAGAUCCGCGCCAUGAGGGGACAGGUGGACUACAGCAAGAUCAUGAACGGCAAUCUGUCUGCUGAGGUAGAAAGGUUCAGCGCCAUGUUCCAGGAGAAGAAGCAGGAAGUGCAGACUGCGAUUUUAAGAGUGGAUCAGCUGAGUCAGCAACUGGAAGAUUUAAAGAAAGGAAAACUGAACGGGUUCCAGUCGUACAACGGCAAGUUGACGGGACCAGCGGCGGUGGAGUUGAAAAGAUUGUACCAAGAGCUCCAGAUUCGUAACCAGCUUAACCAGGAGCAGAACUCCAAGCUGCAGCAGCAGAAGGAGCUCUUGAACAAGCGCACCGCGGAGGUGGCCAUGAUGGACAGGCGCAUCGGCGAGCUGCGGGAGCGCCUCUACGGGAAGAAGGCUCAGCUGACCCGUGUGAACGGCACGUCGUCCCCACAGUCGCCCCUGAGCACGUCUGGCAGAGUUGCUGCUGUGGGGCCCUACAUCCAGGUCCCCAGUGCUGGGAGCUUCCCUGUUACAGCGGAUCCUGGGAAGCCCCAGUCCCUCACUGUCGCCUCCAGUGCUGUCCAUGGGAGAUCCAAAUCCGAUAGCCACAGCAGACCCAGAGUGACCGGUACAUGGACAGUGUCGGACCUUGACCUUGGGCCUGGCUGCGGCUCCUCGAGGCGCUUGGCAAGCGCGACUCAGAACUCUAAUGAUGGAAACUGGCCAACGUUAAAACAGAAUUCCGGCUCUUCAGUGAAACCAGCCCCGACGGCCAGCGCGGACUGGAAGGACCCAGGCGUGGAGGGGGCCUUGAAGCAGGGCACCAUCUCGAGCCAGCCCCUGCCCCUGUCGGCGCUGGGAGCCCCAGAGAAGCUGGGCGUCGAGAUUGGUAAAGCUCCACCUGCCGUCCCCGGUGUGGGCAGGCAGCUGCCCCCGAGCUACACGGCGUACCCGAGUCCUCCACCCCUGGCUCCAGGCUCGACGAGCUCCCUGGAGAGGAGGAAGGAGGGCAGCUUGCCCCGGGCCGGCACGGGCCCUCCCAGUCGGCAGAAAGCCGCCCCGCUGCCCCCCGCCAGCGUCCCCCCACCAGGCUCCUCGCAGCAGAUUCAGCAGAGGAUUUCGGUGCCACCAAGCCCCACGUACCCGCCCACAGCCCCACCUGCCUUUCCGGCCGGAGACGCCAAACCUGAACUCCCGCUGACGGUGGCCAUUAGGCCUUUUCUGGCCGAUAAAGGGUCAAGGCCACAGUCGCCCAGAAAAGGACCCCAGACAGUGAAUUCGAGCUCCAUAUAUUCCAUGUACCUCCAGCAAGCCACGCCACCCAAGAAUUACCAGACGGCAGUGCACAGCGCCGCGAAUAAAUCCGUGAAAGCAGUGUAUGGGAAACCCGUUCUGCCGUCAGGGUCCACCUCACCGUCUCCACUCCCGUUUCUUCACGGGUCGCUGGGCUCAGGCACGCCCCAGCCUCAGCCGCCCUCCGAAUGUGGGGAGAAGGAGCCGGAGCAGGAGGGCCCCGCCCCCGCGGGGGAGGGCGGCCCGGUGGAGAGCCUGCCGCGGCCGCUCAGCCCCACCAAGCUCACACCCAUGGUGCACUCGCCGCUGCGCUACCAGAGCGAUGCUGACCUGGAGGCCCUGCGCAGGAAGCUGGCCAACGCGCCCCGGCCCCUCAAGAAGCGCAGCUCCAUCACAGAGCCCGAGGGUCCCAGCGGGCCCAACAUCCAGAAGCUUCUGUAUCAGCGCUUCAACACGCUGGCCGGUGGCAUGGAGGGCGCCCCCUUCUACCAGCCCGGCCCCUCGCAGGACUUCAUGGGCACCCUGGCCGACGUGGACAACGGGAACACGAAUGCCAAUGGGAACCUGGAGGAGCCCAGCCCCGCCCGGCCUACAGCCCCGCUCCCCGAAGAGCCCGCCCCGUCGUCAGAUGCCAACGACAACGAGUUACCUUCCCCAGAACCCGAGGGGCUCAUCUGCCCCCCCACCACCCACCCGACUGCAGCACCGGCUGAGGACGACAACAACAACGUGGCCACGGCCCCCUGCACAGAGCAGACCCCGAGCCCCGUGACCGAGGCCCCCUCCCCAGGGGAAGAGCAGGGUCCUGCACCGCCUGUGCCCCCUGUCGCACACCCGCCUGCACCCUCCACGGUGCGCGUCGGCGCUGCCACAGACCUGAAGGGCAAACGCACCAACCUGAAGAAGCCCAACUCGGAGCGCACGGGGCACGGGCUGCGGGUGCGCUUCAACCCCCUGGCCUUGCUCCUGGACGCGUCCCUGGAAGGAGAGUUCGACCUGGUGCAGAGGGUCAUCUACGAGGUGGAAGACCCCAGUGAGCCCAAUGAUGAGGGCAUUACCCCCCUGCACAACGCCGUGUGUGCUGGCCACCACCACAUCGUGAGGUUCCUGCUGGACUUCGGGGUCAAUGUCAAUGCUGCCGACAGUGAUGGAUGGACGCCCCUGCACUGUGCCGCCUCCUGCAACAGCGUGCACCUCUGCAAACAGCUGGUGGAGAGCGGCGCCGCCAUCUUUGCUUCCACCAUCAGCGACGUGGAGACGGCCGCAGACAAGUGUGAGGAGAUGGAGGAAGGCUACCUCCAGUGCUCCCAGUUUUUAUACGGUGUGCAGGAGAAGCUGGGCGUGAUGAACAAGGGUGCCGUCUACGCGCUGUGGGACUACGAGGCCCAGCACAGUGACGAGCUGUCCUUCCAUGAAGGGGACACCAUCAGCAUCCUGCGACGUGCAGACGAGAGCGAGACCGAGUGGUGGUGGGCGCGCCUUGGCGAGCGGGAGGGCUAUGUGCCCAAAAACCUGCUGGGGCUGUAUCCACGGAUCAAGCCCCGACAGCGAACGCUUGCCUGAAGCUCCCUUGAGCACGGCGGGGUCCUCGAGACGACUCUGCCCCCAGGAAGCUGCGCCUGUGUGCUCGCCCGCACCUCCCACAAUGUGAACCCUGCAGCUCCUAGGUGAGGCCUGUCCCCAUUUGCCAAUUACUGUAAACCCAAAUAAAUACCCGGCUUUCAGACACCUCCCCUGCCAGCGAGCAGCCCGUGACGAACUCCUGGUUGGUUGCCAGUGACGACAAAGCUCUCAUCCGUCUGGCCCCUGUCGGGCAUGUCCCCCCCGCCAGCCCCCAGUGCCGCAGAGUGUGCCCCUCGCUGGAGCCCUGCCCCCUGUGACUGUCUCCCUACCACCCACGGAGCCCUGUGGGACUCAUGUCUAAGGCUGUGGCCACCCCACGUGGGCCAUGUGCGGUGUCCCCCUCCUGCUCCAGGUGGCCUAGCUCACCUAAGGCCGCUCAUGCUGGCCCAGUGCUGCGGCUGGCGGACUUGGCACCAGGGCCCUGAGUCGCAUGCCUGUGAGCAGGAGGCCUUGGCGCACACCUGCCAGGCAGCUCCCCUAGGGUGCAGCUGGUGCCUGGAGCAGCAGCGGCCUGCCCCCGUUCCAGGCUCAAGUCCAGGGGUGCUCGCUGGCGUGUGAAGUGCACGUCAAGGCUUUUGUACACCAGAAGUGGUUUUCAGCCAGGCCGUUUGAAACUGCCAGAAUGUGCUGGAGAUGUUCUCAUUAAAACACAGGCCCUCGGCUUUC